AGCGGACGGCGACAACAUGGCGGAGCGGCGGCGGCACAGGAAGCGCGUCCAGGAAGUUGGUGAGCCAUUCAAGGAGGAGAAGGCUGUUGCCAAAUACUUGCGCUUCAACUGUCCAACAAAAUCCACCAACAUGAUGGGCCACCGAGUUGAUUAUUUUAUUGCUUCAAAAGCUGUGGAUUGCCUCCUGGAUUCUAAAUGGGCAAAGGCAAAGAAAGGAGAGGAGGCUCUCUUUACAACCCGAGAGUCUGUAGUUGAUUACUGCAACAGACUCCUGAAAAAGCAGUUCUUUCAUCGAGCAUUGAAAGUGAUGAAAAUGAAACCUGACAAAGAUACAAAGAAAGAAAAGGAAAAAGGAAAGGCUGAGAGUGGGAAAGAAGAGGAGAAAAAGAGCAAGAAGGAAAGUGGCAAAGAUGAAAAAACUAAGAAAGAGAAAGAAAAGGAAAAGAAAAAGGAUGGUGAAAAAGAUGAGUGUAAGAAGGAUGACACCCCAGGAACACCCAAGAAAAAGGAAACUAAGAGGAAAUUUAAACUUGAGCCACAUGAAGACCAAGUUUUCUUGGAUGGAAAUGAGGUCUAUGUAUGGAUCUAUGACCCCGUUCACUUUAAAACUUUUGCCAUGGGACUUGUACUUGUGAUUGCCGUUAUAGCCGCCACCCUGUUCCCGCUCUGGCCAGCCGAGAUGCGCGUCGGUGUUUAUUACCUCAGCGUGGGCGCCGGCUGCUUUGUCGCCAGUAUUCUGCUCCUUGCAGUCGCUCGCUGCAUCCUUUUCCUUAUUAUCUGGCUCAUCACUGGAGGAAGGCAUCACUUCUGGUUCCUGCCAAACCUUACAGCAGAUGUGGGAUUCAUUGACUCCUUCAGGCCCCUGUACACACAUGAAUACAAAGGACCAAAAGCAGACUUAAAGAAAGAGGAAAAAGCAGAAUCCAAAAAGCAGCAAAAAUAUGACAGCGAGGAGAAAUCAGAUAGUGAGAAGAAGGAAGAGGAGGAUGGAAAAACAGAAGCCACAAGGAACUCGGGAACAGACGGCUCAGGAGGAGAGCGACAUUCAGACACUGACAGUGACAGGCGUGAAGAUGACAGGUCCCAGCACAGUAGUGGCAAUGGAAACGACUUUGAAAUGAUCACAAAAGAGGAACUGGAACAGCAAACAGAUGAAGGGGAUUGUGAGGAGGAAGAGGAGGAAGAUACCGAAAGUGGGCCUUCACAUGGAAAAUCAUAACUCACUGUGGUUUGGGACUAAGUAUGUGCAAAUGGUUGGAUUUUCUUUGUUGGCUGAUCACCAAAACAUAGACCAUACAGUAGCAUCUUUGUUUGCUGAAAUAUCUGUGUUACCAAACAGUUUUAUAUCUAGUUCCUUCAUUUUUUUUAACCAUUAACUUGAUUACUUGGUACUGUGUUAAUCAUUAAUAUCCAUUUACGGAAGUUUUAUCAAUUUGACAAGUUUUUUAUUGAUUGAUAGAUUGCCCAGAUUGUCCUCAAACAUACCGAAAGACAUCAUUUUCUGGUACUUGCAUAACUGGUCAAUUAGUUUAGCUUCUCAAACUUGCUUCUGUAAACCAGGUAAAAGUUGAAUGACCAAAUCUCAGAUUAUUCCUAGUUAUCCUCAUCUGAUAGUUAGGUAAAGCCCUUCUUAGCCCACAGCCUUCUUGAUACUUUUCUUGAUUUUGUUUCCAAAAGAUUGUAAGAACUUUCCUGAGAAAACUAGUUUUAGCAGAAGUAUUUUGCUGACAGUAGGGGAGCUGGUAGUACUGAAUUUGGCUGCAGUGUUCUCUGUUUCUUCAGCCUGUGUGCCAGCAACUGAGGAAAUCCAAAUGGUUUUGUGCAUCCAGUGCAGAGAGAGAUGUCAUCUCCAGCAGGUGAAGGAAGCAGCAUGGUUUGGAAAUGAUGGCUGUUUUCUUUCUCCUGCUCCAUCAUAAUUUAAAAAAAAAAUGUAUUCUGUACAUAAUUUACAAAUAAAGCAAACCAUUUACGUUAACUGCUACUUAUUAUUUAGA